AUGACGGGAGACUACACAUCCUCCGCAUCCCAACUCUACCCACACUCGUCCCUCCCCAACCAAUCUCGGAAGCACAACCUAUCGCUCGAUAGGCUCCCGCUGCAUAUCGUCUCCCAGGUAGCCUUCUACGUCCUGGUGGACGACGCAGGCGACGCAGGUCACCCCGCGGGUCUGCUGCCUCUCCUCUUCUCGUGCAAAAGGGUGUACCAAGCCCUGUAUAUCAAACAUAACGUGUCUCUCUACGGCGAGCUGUACAAGGCGACCUUUGACUAUCAGGCCCUGCUAAGAAGGUAUGCCUGGCACAGAGGUAACGCCUUGCGCAAAGAGGCUGGUCGAGCACAUGAUAUAUUUCAAGACUCCCGCCUGUGGGCCGCCGAUUACAAAGACCGCUGGGAGAUGUCUCGACGGCUCCGCAUGGCUACCAGGGCUGACACUCUUGAAAUCCCUGACGGCAAAAAUAUGCUCUUUCUCGUCCACCAUUGUCACCUCAAGGGUGCGCUCGAGCUGAUGUACCGCGACAUUGUGCUCCCAGAAACGGCGCGCCCCGGAUUCCCCGCCGAGACGGGCGCCAAGGGCAUCAUGGCCUGGUUGCUCGUCUUGUCACAUUUUGACAGCUUCAAGGAAGAUGAUCAGGAAGAGGUCGAUCAAAAAAUGUUUAUUCUACGGCCGUACGCUGUCGCCGCUGGAAUUUACUACUCUUCGUAUGCUCCAUACACUGUCAAGAAGCUGCCGCUUCAAGACUAUCCAUCCGAGGCCCAGGCUUUCGCUGUGGUUCCCCACAAGGACUACACCUCCACCUAUCAUCGUUUCAACACCUCCUGGUCUCGUCAACCCCCCCAGUGCAUCCUCGCCUCCGAGAUAGGCUUCUUUCGUCUUCUUGAACGCCGUAGCUGGCAAACCAGCACUGGAAAAAGCUUCACCAAAGAGGAUUCAUACUCGUUUGAAAAGGGAUUCCCUGGCAUCUUGACCACGCCCGAUGCUUCGACAUUGACGUCGGAAGCAUACGACAGAGAAUGGAAACGUCAAGCGUCCUGUCAAGAUCCCAUGAACGGCCCCGGGCUUCCUCCUCUCACUUUCAAAGGCUGUAUCGAAGGCACAUGGCGGGGAAAGUCUCUGUACAUGGACUUUGACACCUACCGCCGCAUCCUGGGUGGUGAUAUACGGCUUGCCUUUGCUGGGCCGUACCAAUCCCAAGCAGUCGAGUUUGUCUUGAGAGAAGGUCUUAUCAAGGUCAGAAAAGGGAUGGUCGGUGGGUAUGGUCACGUAUUCCAUGCUGGAAUGAUCAAUGGGGACAGCUUGGAGCGAGAGCUCGAAUGGGUGGCGAAUGGCUGCGGGCACGAGUUUGUCUCUGAGGAUACCAUCGACGAAGAGGGGUGGACAAAGGAAAUUAUCAUUACCGGCCAUGGAAGGACAGCUUGGGGUGUUGCAAGUAUCAGGGGACGCGUCAGAUCAUGGGACGGACUCGUCCUCCUGUCACUGUCGUAUGCUCAAGAUCCCGGAGCGCGCUGGCUGUGGAGCGGAUAUGUCGUGCCAGGAGGCUAUCUUGCUGGUCGAUGGCGGGAUACGGUCAUACCGGUGAAUCAAGCAGGCUACGAAGGCGCGUUUGUGUGCAUCCGCGAAGCUGCGAUGCCUCGUGCAUGA